AUGGCUGAGCGACCGUUGGAUCAACAGCAUCCACAGUCUCCUUCUCCACCAAAGGAGGACAUGAUUGCGUGUGUCAUGGAAUUAGAGGCUGCUUUGCUUCCAUGCUUGCCUGCAAGAGAGCUCCAAGCCAUAGACCGAUCGCCCCACCCUUCUCACCAGAGUGGAGUCGAUUCUCUUUUGAUUGCUUUAGUUGAUGGGGAGAGACAUGCCAGAGAUUUUAUGGAUGCUGCCAAAAAACUUCAACUAUAUUUUAUUGGUCUGCAACGCGAGGAUCAGCCGACCUAUGCUGAAAGCCUGCAGAAGGAGAUCGCUAUGAUGGAAGAAGAGUUCAAGACAAAGACUGAACUUAUCAAGAAGCAAGAGAGACUGAUCCAAGGGUGGCAGAAGGAGUUGAAAGACCAUUUAGAAAAACACAAUACUGAAUUAGAGAGGGUGUAA